UUGAUGAUGAAGAUGAUGAUGAUGAUGAACUCCACUCAGACUGCAUUCUUCACUUUGGGUGCUUACUACGACAUGGAGCUCCUCAGAUAUCUGUACUUCGUCAUCAUCAUGUGUCUGUACCUGCUGAUCAUCGGCGCCAACCUGCUGCUGAUCCUGGUGAUCAGUGUGAACAGAACCCUUCAUGAGCCCAUGUACCUGUUCCUGGUCAGCCUGUUCGUCAACGAGCUGUACGGCAGCAGCGGCCUGUUCCCGCUGCUCCUGGUCCAGAUCCUGUCGGACUCUCACACCGUGUCGGUGCCGCUCUGCUUCCUGCAGAUCUUCGUCAUCUACUCUUACGCCUGCUGUGAGUUCCUGAACCUGGCCGUCAUGUCGUACGACCGCUACCUGGCCAUCUGCAGGCCGCUGCAGUACCGGAGUCAGAUGACGGACAGGAAGGUGGCCAUGCUGAUCUCGUUCACCUGGCUCUUUCCCGUCCUAGCGAUCGCCGUCAUCAUCGGCCUGAGCGCCUCGCUGCAGCUUUGCGGGAACGUCAUUCAGAAACUGUUCUGCGGAAACUACGCCAUCGUCAGACUGGCGUGCUCCGACACCCGGGUCAACAACAUCUACGGCCUGGUCUACACCAUCAUCUCCAUCAUCAUGCCUGCCGCGUUCAUCAUCUACACCUAUGCCAAGAUCAUGCGGGUGUGUUUCAGCGGCAGUAAGCAGACUCGGCAGAAGGCGCUGAGCACCUGCACGCCGCACGUCGCCUCCAUCCUCAACUUCUCCUUCGGCUGCUGCUUCCAGAUCCUGCAGAGUCGAUAUUUCACGGACAGUCUGCCCGGCAUGCUGGACAUCAUCAUGUCGCUCUACUUCCUCACCUGCCAGCCGCUCUUCACCCCGGUGCUGUACGGCCUGAAAAUGUCCAAAAUCUACCGGAACUGUAAACAGCUUCUGUGUGCUCAGAAGUGA